CAAAUUUCAUUUGAGUUUGAUACGCGGAUGUUGUGUUGUUGGGACGUAGCGCGAUUUUUGGAAGUGACUCCUGAUAAAAAUGCAAAACACGAGUUAUAUAUCAAAAAAUGCGCAGUUAAGUGAAGAAGAGAAACAUAAUGUUUUGCAAAAAUUGGUGGAUAUUUUUAAUUGUUCUCCGAGUCCGCAACUACGAAGCCUCUGUGAAUCACAAGCUUGGAAUGUUGAGCGCUGUAUCGACUUUCUGAUAAGAGUUAAUAACAAAGAUGAAAAUGAAAAUCAAAGGAAACUGUGUAGUGGAGCUAUUCCAAAGCAAAUAUUUAAAGGCGAAAAGAAUGUAGUUCAAAAACUACAUUCCGCCAACGGCGCCAAAAAUCAAAACAUUUCCUCAGGAAGUUCAUUUGUAGAGCAGCGCAUUGCCAAAUUAAUAGCUGAUGGCUCCAAAGUAAUGGUCCUUUUGCGAGGAGCACCGGGAAGUGGAAAAUCAUGCUUGGCGAAAAAUUUCGUAGAACGGCAUGUAACACUUAAUGAGCAGUACACAUUGAAGGACUUCAUAUUUAGCUCUGAUGACUUCUUCAGGAACAGUACUGGUACAUACAACUGGCAACCAAGCUUGCUAGAUCAAGCGCACGAUUUUAAUCAACGACGUGUUGAAGAGCACGCACAGGCCGGCUGGAGUCCAAUUUUUGUUGAUAACACGAACAUUAAGUUAUGGGAAAUGAAAGCUUACGCACGAAUAGCAGUUGAAAAUGGAUACGUUAUUGAGAUACUUGAGCCUAGGACAUCUUGGCGUUAUUCAGCUGGUAAACUGGCGCUCAAAAAUAAACACGGAGUGCCGGCACAUAAAUUACAGAUAAUGCUGAAUAAUUUUGAGAAAGGAACAGUGGACGAUUUAUUGAAGAUGCUUAAGACGACAAAAUACCACGUUCCACUCCCACAAAUGCGGUCCAUUCCACCUAUAUCGUUUGGUCAGCAAGACACUGAAACUGAAGAAGUAUUUCAAAUAUAUAAACCUGAAAAAAAUAAUUCCAAUGUAUCGGACGCAUCGACGACUUCAGAAAAUCCCUAUUUCGUCGACGAAAGUGCUCCAAAGGCCCAAAGAGAAAGAUCUGCUUCCAAACAGAAAAUCGUGUCUGCGACUAUAGAGUUACAACAACCCCCACCUUUAAUCCAAACUGCCGAUGGAUUAAAUGAAAUCCAAAGCAAUGAAUUGAAUGCUUGGCAGCCACAUGAACAAGAGAUAAAUAAAUUUUGGAAUAUGAAACCGUCUAGCAGUGAUAAACAAGAGAUGUCUCAGGAAAACGAACACCAAAGAAAAUCCCUUCUAGAUUUGUUGCGAGAGGGUGUAUCGGAUGUGAGCAAACCACAAAGCUAUGAAGAUAAGAAUGGGCAGAGUAUGAACCAAAAAAUAGUUUUCGAACGUCAUAGCAAUAACUGCCCAAAUGAAAAUAAAGGGUUUGCAUCCUUACGUCAAAUUUAUCCAAAUAAAGAGCUUUCAAGUUUAUGGGAUUUAUUUGUCAAAUGUGGAGGUAACAUUGAUUGGACAGUUGAUCUUCUUUUAAGAGAGGAUGAACUAAUUCAUGCACCGGGCAGUCAAUAUUUCGAGCAAGUACCUCAAAUUGUGAAUGAUUUUCAAUGCAACUGUGGUACGCAACCAAGUGUUGCAGACGAGAGUAUUACUGUGGAGAUUCCUCCAACACCUACGGACACUUCGUUUGGCAAAGGCGCGAAACCUCAAAGGCAGCGAUCGCGAGCUUCCCGAGUACAUCAGCGGCCGAACCCGGAAUUGCAGGAAAUAACUGAUGCUAUAGCAAAUCGUUUUGUACUUGACGGCGAGCAAUUUUCACCACAUAUACGAAAACUACGAGAAAUGCGUGAAAGGCUACGAAAUCCAACCGCAGUAUGCUAUACCAGUACCGAAGUUCAAACCGAACCGAUAACUGAAGUGGAACUUGCAGACGAUGAUGCCGACCCCGAAAUCAAUGAAAUAAUAGAAGUCAAUCUCGGCGAAGAUUUAGUAAAGCAACUGAACCACAUAUUCCAAUCUGAAAUGACGUCACUAGUUGAAAAGUUACCGCAUAAUCCUAUUCUGAACGUAUUUAUGCCACGUUCAUUAGCCAAGGAGUUAUAUAUGCUCUGGAUAGAGUCAGCAUACAAUCAGCUUGAAGAGCAACGACAAGUAACAACGCGGGAAGAUUCCGAUUUCGCACGUCUCUUAACAAAUCCUAAGUACGAAUAUUAUUCGGAAUCGCCGGGAAAUAUACAGGAACUGCUAGAUAUGGAAUUCGCAUGGCAGAUUUACAAAAAUGAUCAGGAUACUGAAAUUCAUAAAACAUCGAAAAUACAAGAACAUUAUCGUCCAAGUGACCUCGCUGCUCACCUAACCCAAAUGAAACUAUGUGAAAAGUUUCCAAGCAUUCCACGAGAAACCCUUGUUGAAAUUUUAUCUGCUCACGGUAAUAACUAUGACGAAACAGUUAAAGUGCUCAGCAUCACGACACAGGCUGCAGAAGGUUACACAGUUUCCGAUUUGCAAAAAAAAUUGAUGGACUGUACUUUAGAAGAGCAAGAAAAGAUAAAGAAGGAGCAGCAGAACAGUAACAAAAACACUGGCCACAGUGGAGCUAGUGAAGAUCGCUUAACUAAAGCACCUUCUCAGCCAGAGGAGGCAAAACGAAUGGCGUUGCACGAUUUCGAAGAAAUGCGAAACCUGGCAGCUCAUCAUAGUCAGCUCAAAGCAGAAUGCUAUCAAAAGGCUAAAGAAGCAAUCCAAAAAGGGAAUAGUGCUGUUGCAGUUUAUUACUCACAAAUCGCCAACUUACAUAAAAUGAAAUUGGAUAUGUACAAUCAUCGCGCAGCCAACUGUAUUAUGGAUGUGCACAAAUAUACACAAAACAAUCCAGAGCUGUUAGACUUGCAUUAUUUACAUGUGAUGGAAGCAAUCGGAUGUUUGGAUCUCUUUUUAGAUCGUCAUAUUACAGGUUUGCGCGCUGCCUCUCGUAGUUAUAAACAUAUUUUCAUAAUCACUGGGCGUGGGCUUCACAGCGCAGGUGGAGUUUCCACUAUUAAAAAUAAGGUUAAAACCCGUUUAAAAGAGCGCAAUCUUCGGUGGAGUGAAGUGAACCCGGGAUUAUUGAAGGUAAAAAUUUUUUCCGCAUCAAGGCACUCCAAAAAUAUUUAAUAUAGCGAACUCCUAACAUUACCAUCCUUUAUUUUAAACUUAAAAGUUUUAAUACGUACAUUAAUAUAUGUAUUUUAUUGAUAAGGACGUAAUUAGAACUAUUUUUCUACAAAUUGUUAUUUUAAAUGAAGGACAUAAUAUAAU